GUCCGCUGGUAAUAUUAUGACCGCAGACAGAAAAAUGGCGGUUUCAUCUCAUCUCUUUGCAAUCCCAUCGCGUCUUCAUGCAUCUUCUUCUCCGUUUAUCUCCGCACCAAACCGGAACCGGAAUCAAGUUCGUAUCCUCGCCAAAUCAUGCCCAGACAAUCAGAGCUUCGGUUCAAACGAUUCAGAUUCUUCACCGGAGACCACCAACGAAACCCAGGGGAAUCAGAAAUCGAUGUCACGAAGACAGUGGAUGAUGACAUGUGUGUGCUUAUCUCCAGCUUUAAUUACCAAUGCUUACACCUUUGUCUCUGUACAAAACGCAGCCGCUUUAGACAAGAAACCAGGUGUUUGCCGUAACUGUCAGGGCAUUGGUGCCGUUCUUUGUGAUAUGUGUGGGGGUACAGGAAAAUGGAAAGCUCUCAACCGAAAACGAGCCAAAGAUGUAUAUGAGUUUACAGAAUGUCCAAACUGUUACGGUCGAGGCAAACUUGUUUGUCCGGUCUGUUUAGGUACAGGUUUACCUAACAACAAAGGACUUCUUAGAAGGCCUGGUGCUCGUGAGCUGCUCGACAAGAUGUACAAUGGUCGGCUUCUUCCCAAUUCAUGA